AUGGCGUCCGGAGGGGGCUCCGUGGGCCUCAUAACCUGCCUGCUGCUGCUUCAGUCGGAGUUCUGCGAGGCUUGGGAGGCUGCCACUGUACCCUCUACUUCCGAUUUCUCCGCAGGGCACAGUGAGACCCCAAGGGUGAAACCACCGCCACCCACGCAGGUGCUGGUGACCAAGGUGGCCCGUCAGGACCAAUCCUCUGCUUUCAAGCCGUUUGCCUUAGGGUGCGGCCAACGCCUCACGAAGAUCAUGGGAGGCAUGGACGCGGAAGAGGGAAAGUGGCCCUGGCAGGUGAGCCUUCGGGUCAGACACAUGCACAUCUGCGGAGCCUCCCUCAUCAGCGCCGAGUGGGUGCUGACGGCAGCCCACUGCAUUUUCAGCCGAAUCCAGUACAAUGUCAAGAUGGGCGAUCGGAGCGUCCACCGCCAAAACACAAGUGUGGUGAUUCCUAUCCAGCGCAUCAUUGUCCACCCCCAGUUCACAUCAGCUAUUGUCGUUAAAAAUGAUAUCGCCCUUCUCAAGCUCCAACAGCCCGUGAAUUUCACCUCUCAUAUUUACCCUGUCUGCAUCCCUUCAGAGACUUUUGUUGUGAAUGCUGGGACCAAGUGCUGGGUGACAGGAUGGGGUAAACCAGACCCAGGUGCACCAAACAUUCCAACAACAGUUCUCCAGGAGGUGGACCAGGAUAUCAUCCAUUAUUCGGAAUGUAAUAGGAUAUUGAGGAAGGUUACAUCAUCUUCUCUUGAUCUGGUCAAGAGUGGGAUGAUCUGUGGCUAUAAAGAAAAAGGAAAGGAUGCUUGCCAGGGAGAUUCUGGCGGCCCUUUGUCCUGUGAAUUUAAUGAUAAAUGGGUGCAAGUGGGAAUUGUGAGCUGGGGCAUCGGCUGUGGUCGUAAAGGACAUCCUGGAGUUUAUACAGACACUGUCUACUACAGCAAGUGGCUAACUGCGGUGGUGAACCAGGCCGCCUGUUUCUAUCCGCUGGUCUUCCUCGUCUUGCUACUGUGUUUGCUGACCUCGUGA